GAGGAGAGAGCAGGGAGGAGAUAUUUGUCUUGAGGAGCAACUGUGAACACUCUUCUCAGGUGCCACAACACCUGAUGCUAAUUUUGGAAUUACCACGUACAGUACAAUGGCACAAAUCAGGUGAAGGAAGAGAGUGAAGAGGUUUUAUCCUGGUUCCUGCCCUCUGCUGUCAUAGCCAGCUAGAGAGACACCUCUGCAGAUACCAGUGACCUGGAGUAAUCUGGUCAUCAGUUAGGUGACAUUGGCAUCUACAUCAUAGCUCAUCAUUUGAACAUCAAAAGACUGGAUUAAGAAAUAAGAACACAAUCAACAAACCUGUAUUCAUCCAGCUUGGUGAGAGAGGUGAACUUGAACCUUUGUGGGCCACACUGGGUCUUUUCAUGACUGGACCUUGUUAGGUGAGUUGGUGAAAUCUGGAGGCGGGACCACUUCCCAUGGAUCCCAACAUACCAGGGUCUUUCCUGUUCAACAACAGCCUGAACCAGUUCUCCUCUGACUUAAAGGCACCUGUGUGUCAGUUCUCAGUGUCCAACUCCUUCUACAAGCUCAACCCAGGCCUGAACAGCCAGCUGCAGGCAGCGGGCACAGCCCACGGCAUUAGCGACAUUCUCAGCCGUUCCAUGAUGGGCGCUACAGGCACCACCACCCUGCUCUCUGGAUACCCUACCAUGGGGGGCUUUGGCACUGUGGACCCAGGGGUCUACUACAACCAUGCAGACUAUAACCCCUCCCUGGGCGGCUUCACUAAGCCUGGCACUGAGUGCUCCAUGAAGGGUCGCUGUGGCAGUUGCUGGGCAGAGAGCGGGUGCGAGUGGAGAGGAGGGAGGCAGCAGUGCACAGACAGUGAGUCUAACUCCACACUGUAAUCAGCUUAACAUCUACCACUCACUAACCAUCUGCCUGAGGCAUGACAUUGGCUCCUAUCACUCAUCCAUGAUAUUCAGAGAACGGUAUUAUUAGCUAGAUUAUCAUGUUUUUCUACAAGUUCAAACUAAUUAAUACAUUGUCAUUGUGUAAAUUACUCUGUAAUUACUGUUUAAUUCAAAAACAAAUAUCUUAAAACAUUUUAAUAACUUAAUUUAUCUCAUUCAAGUUUUGAAAUCAAGAUUCUGUUAGUUAAAGGUGUAAAUAUAUUGUUGUAUAGAGUGUACUGUUGUCUUUGAAAUACUCUAUGUUAGAUAUUGUAAUCUAUAAUGUUAUUUUAUGUGUCAUUGUUUAAAUACUGAUUCAUUCACUUGACAUACAUACGAAUAUUUGGAACCUGAUUACAUGCUAUAUCCAAGUAUAAUGCUGUGCAAGUCACAUAAAACCUUUUAAGAUAGCUUUUAAUAUAUAAUAUAUAUGUGAAAAAAUUAUGUAUUGAGAAAUGUAUUGUAUCUACUAUUAUAUCUGAUCAUAUCGAAUACAACCACCCUAAAAAUACAGAAAAAUUGGUUGUAUCUAUGUCCUAAAAUGUUAUUUUUGUUUAUUCAUUUUGAUUCCUCCAAUAUAAUAAUAUUUGUAUAACAUUUUACAGUUAGGAGAUUAAUAUCUAUGUCAUCAUUAUUUACCUCUCUAUUAGUAUGAAGUCUCAAAUGACUCAAAUUGAAAAAAUACUUAACUUUUAUGUAUACUUUAUUUCCAGACAGUGGGCAUCUAGGGGAUUUGUCAGGCAGGAAGAAGCACACCAGACCUACAUUCAGUGGACAUCAGAUAUUUGCCCUGGAGAAAACCUUUGAGCAGACCAAGUACUUGGCCGGGCCAGAGAGAGCUAGACUGGCCUACUCCCUGGGCAUGACAGAGUCACAAGUCAAGGUAAAACAGAUCUACAUGCAUGUACUAACAAUUCUACACUUUAAUCUCAAUUGAUGUUGUAAAAAAUAUUACAAUAUUGUAUAAUUGAAUGUAAGCUGUUUAAGAUAAGAAAUCCCACUAAAUAAAUGAUUUCAUCAGGUGUGGUUCCAGAACCGCCGCACCAAGUGGAGGAAGAAGAGUGCCUCAGAGCCCAGCUCCACCCAGGCCAUGCGAGGCGAGCAGGGAGGGGAGACCUCGGAGAACGAGGUGGAGGAUGAGGAGUACAACAAGCCUCUGGACCCCGACUCAGACGACGAGAAGAUACGACUGCUGCUGCGGAAACACCGCCGGGCUUUCUCUGUACUCCACCUUGGACCACACCACGUCUGACACACUAACACAAGCACACACACAAAUCAGAUGUGCAUGUUGUAGCAAGGGGUAUCAUUAAACAAAUCAUUUUGUAGUACAGACCCACAACUUAAUAUUCAAGCAUGUUAAAAAAAAGGCACAUUUACAAUACAGUACGUUUAAGGGAAAAAAGGCUAAUAGUUCACUUGAAGUGAUGCCUUGACGUACUGUAUUUGUAACCAUAAUGAAAACAGAGAGAUGUUACAUAUGUAAUGAUUGGUGAAACAGUUAAAUUGAGAAUUUAACUUAUCAAAGAGUUUCAAUUUGGAAACUGGUUUACUGUAAUGUGGGAAACCCAUCAUGAUAAUCUGUUAUAAUGGUUGCAUCAAACAUGAAAGGAAAUUGUUUCUAAUGUGUACAGACACAUUAUAGCAGACAAACUGUAUAGAUGAUUUGUAAAGCAUUGAUAACGCAGUUUACAGUACCUGUUUUAUUUGUACAGAAUAAACACUCCAGGUCAAGGAAUGUAUCUUGUUUUAUCUAAUUAAUUUGCUUGUUGUACUCUUAACAUUCAAUGUCCAUUUGAAUUUGUUCACAGUCAACUGCUGUACAGUAACUAUGAACACAGAAUACUUAUAUAAUUAACCUUGAUUAAUUUAACUUAAUUUAAUUGAGAGCCUGGCAAGCUUUUUUCACACUGGCGUUGAAGGCACACAUAUUUCAAUAUAAGUCUUGACAUUUUAUUUAGACUAAUGUGUUGGCAAGCUUUCAUGACAUUUGAGGGUUUCUGCGCAUCCAAAUUAAGUCGCAUAAGGAUAGUGUAAAUUAAUUAU